UUCAAUCGGAUGGCAGCUCCUUUACGAGCCGCUCCCUUCCAGCCAAACCUGCACAACGGAAAGGAACGGCCCUUUUCUGACUCAUAAACAUAUAUAAUAGUUGUCCAGCAGCCAACUGUGGUUAAUAUUUGUGUGAUUAUUCUGGGGCUGAUCGGAUAAAGAUGGCGGAGUGUGUCACUAAAGUGGAGCUGUCCAUCUCUUGCUCUAACCUUCUGGACAAGGAUGUUGGCUCAAAGUCUGAUCCUCUGUGUGUGCUGCUGCAGAGUUCAGGAGGAGAUAAAUGGGUUGAGCUGGGUCGUACAGAGCGAGUGAAGAACUGCUCCAAUCCGUCAUUCAGUCAGCAUCUUUUGGUGGAUUAUCAUUUUGAGACAGUGCAAAAUCUGAAGCUGGCGGUUUACGACAUUGACAGCUCCUCCUCUGACCUCAAACAUGACGACUUCCUGGGAGGGGCAGAGCUAACACUUGGACAGAUUGUUUCCAGUAAAACUCUGACCAGACCUCUGCAACUGAAGAAAGACAAACCUGCAGGGAAGGGCACCAUCACUGUCACAGCAGAGGAGAUGAAGGACAACAGAGCAAUUGAAUUGGAGCUGUCGGCCAAAAACCUGGAUAAGAAGGAUACAUUUGGAAAGUCUGAUCCAUUCCUGGAAUUUUUUAAACAAGGAGAUGAUGGAAAGUGGCAUCUGGUCCAUAGAACAGAGGUGGUGAAGAACAAUCUUAAUCCCUCGUGGAAGAAGUUCACUAUUCCUCUCCAGACGUUCUGCUCAAGUGACCUCAACAGAGCCCUGAAGGUGGAUUGUUCUGACUAUGACAGUGAUGGAACUCAUGAUCUGAUCGGUUCUUUCACCACUAAAACUUCUGACCUGCAGAAUGCUCCGGUGGAGUUUGACUGUAUCCACCCCGAUAAACAGAAGAAAAAGAAAAGCUAUAAAAACUCUGGAGUGGUCUGUGUGAAGAGCUGCAAGAUGACCGCUCAGUACUCUUUCUUGGACUAUGUGAUGGGCGGCUGCCAGCUCAACUUCACUGUGGGAAUCGACUUUACUGGCUCUAACGGUGAUCCCCGCACACCCCAGUCCCUCCACUAUAUGAGUCCAGAUGGUCUGAACCAGUACCUGAGUGCCCUUUGGUCUGUGGGUCAGGUGAUCCAAGACUAUGACACUGAUAAACUGUUCCCAGCUUUUGGUUUUGGAGCCAAACUGCCUCCAGACUUCCAGGCUGCACACCACCAGUUUGCCCUUAACUUCAACCCCGCUAACCCCUUCUGCCAAGGUAUCCAGGGUAUAGUUGAAGCCUACAGGAUGGUUCUGCCUAAGCUUCAUCUCUCUGGACCCACAAACUUCUCUCCCAUCAUCAACCACGUAGCUUCAAUUGCCAGUGCUGCUGCACAGACCAAUAAUGCCUCUCAAUACUUCGUGCUCCUAAUCCUCACUGAUGGUGAGAUCACUGACUUUGACCAGACCCGCGACGCCAUCGUUCAGGCAUCACAGCUACCCCUGUCUAUCAUCAUCGUGGGGGUGGGACCAGCAGAUUUUAAGGCCAUGGAGCUUCUGGAUGGAGACAAUGGUGUGCUUAAGUCAACAUCAGGAGUGCCUGUUGCCAGAGACAUUGUCCAGUUCGUCCCAUUCAAACAGUUCAAAGAUGCUCCUGCAGCAGCUCUGGCUCAGUCUGUCCUCGCUGAGGUUCCAAACCAACUCGUCUCUUAUUUCAAGAUGAGAGGCCUUGAACCACCUAAAGCUCAAGUGCCCCCAAGAAUCUGAAUCUCAUCCUCUGCUUUCCUCAGGCCGACCCCCUUAAGAUGGAGGUCUGACCUACUUUCAUUCCAGACCACCACACUCCUCUGCUCUACCCCUACAUUUAAAGUGGACCAAUAGUUACUCCAAAAUCUGUCAGUCAGCUUGAGAUUCCAGGGGCCUUUUUAUAAUCACUUUGCUUUCUCUGAUUAUUUCGUAGUAUAGCAUAGAUUAUCAAUUCCUUCUGCUGCUUUUACGCUACUAUGCAACAGUUUUCAACUUUUGUGCCUCUACUUUCUCUCUUCAUUAUGAUGAGAACAACGCCAGCAUCCUUGUGAGAGCUGGAGCUGUAUUGGCUUUGUUUUAAGAGAGAGAAUUGGUACAAGCCAGGCUUAAUAAGAGCAACACUAAAGUGUGUGCGUAUUAGUAACACUGGCUUUGAUUUGCAUCAUCAAUCAUAUACUGUAUCGUCACUUUGCACUUUGCCUUUGCAUCUAUACACAACAUGCUGGAAAUGGUAUUAGAAUCAAAUACUCAUAUCACUUAACUCCUAUAGCUUUUAUUACGACUUUGGCCUUAACAUAGAGUUGUGUAGUCUUUAUGAUUCUUCCAGACAACUCUUUUCAUCACUGUGGGAUUUUUUUGCUUUUAUCAGCACCUUUAGCACUUUCCUCUUGUAUUCACUUCUGUAUGUAUCUGUCUGCGGUUCCUAAAAUGGGUCUAAAACCACCACCCGCCACCAGUAAAGCACAUUUAUUGUAUUGUAGUUUGCAGGUCAGCCAUCCUGUUGCGUCAUCACUGAGCUGCUUUUAUAAAUGCUGUUAAACUUCCCUGACUGCAGUUGUGUCACUGGGAGUGGAUGCACAGCAAUCUAAAUAAUCACACGUUUUUCAGUACCGGUUAGUUAAGAAAUGUAGCUAAGUAGAGUCCAUACACUUCUCUACUUUGGUUAUCUUACGCUACUUAUGACGUGCCUUUUGAUUGCCUUUAGGUGUUUAAAUACAGUUAUGUUUAUUGACAUUAUUGUUAACUUGUGCCAAUUUUGUUCAAAAACACUGCUUUACAUUGACUUGACCCUGAUGAAGCAAAAGGUCAAACAUUCAAGUGCCUCUAAGUUUAAAUCGUGCCUAAAUCACUUCAUAGUAAAUAAGAUUCUCGUUUAUUCAUGUUACGGUCGAGGGUCUGAGGCCAUGUUGCACAUGUGCCUUAGAAAAUGUGGUAGCAAGCACAGCACAGAAUACACACGACUGAGGACGGAGAAUUAGGUUAUGUAUCGUAAAAGAAACAAGCAUGUACACUUUAUCAGUCAGGUUUCAUGCAGUGUCUUGUAACCCAUAAAUCUACUAUAAUCCACCAUAUAAUUGUGGCCAGUUGGAUUGGAGAUAAAACGUGGACAUACUGGUCUGGGAAGAUCAUUUGUCUGUUAUCAGAAAAAUGCACUUGAUCAUCUCAUGAUCUAUUUUGUUACGAUUUACGACAGUUAUUUUACUUUGUGGGAACAAAUGCAAACAUCAUACCUAUUUACUUACAGAAUUCCAACUCUAUGCAAUUUAUACUUUUUUUAUUUUUGGAGUAAUAGAUUAAUAAAUCUUUGUGUGGGCUCUGGAGCUAAUUAAUAGGAACAUUGGGGAAAUGUUUGCUUCUGUGUUUUUUAUGACCAAGGAAAAUGUUCUGUGUUGUCAGGCUGCCACAAGGUUAUUUUUCUUCUUCAUUGCCAAAAUCCUGUCUUUUAUUUUUUUAUAUUCUUUUUUUUGUUGAAGGGCAAGUUUUUUUCAUGUUUACUGUAGAAAUACAACAAUCAAAACCUGUUGUUUUCAUGCAUGUUAAUCAAGCAAUGAUCAUAGAAAUAUUGUGAGCUCUGCUGAAUAUGCUGUAUUGUCCCAAAAGGCUGUGAUUUCAUUUAGAAAAGGAGGAAAAGCUUCUAAUGGGAAAACCACACCUUUCAUAAGCAUCACAGAAAAAAGUAAAUAGUGUCUGCUACUAACUAACCAGUAAUAUGAAACCAGAGUAAACAGAAAUGACAUGUCGGUAUCAACAUUGCCUUUGAUGUUUAAUAAUAAAAGAACUUGGGGAAGUAAAAUAAA